AUGAUGAACUCUCAGCUGCAAAAACUCAACCAUGCUCCAUCCUUCUCUCUCUUACCAAAAUCCAACAUUCAUACCAAUUAUCUGAUCAGGCAUGGAAGCCCUUCCCUCAUCAACACCCUUCCACGCCAUCCUGUCCGUCAAAAUCAUAAUAAUAAGAAAAACUCCUCCUCCUGCGUGGUGAUCCGUGCCAGUUCUGGUGAUCAGCUCGGAUCGUCUGCAUCAGCUGUCACCGCCACCGUACCUACAACCUCAAUAGAGAACAAGUCAGUUAGUGUGAAGGCUGUGGUUACAGUGCAGGAAACAGCAGGAGAGCUCCUCUCCAGCAUAGUGACUAGGCCCCUCGAUGGCUUUACCGAUUUGCUCGGCAAAAGCCUUCUUUUGGAGCUUGUUAGCGCCGAGCUUGACCCCAGGACGGGUUUGGAGAAGGACAGGAUCAAGGGGUAUGCGAACAAAGCCAGCCACAAAGAUGAUGAGGUGAUAUAUGAGAGUAAUUUCACAAUCCCAGCAGGUUUUGGAGCGGUUGGAGCAAUUGAGGUAGAGAAUGAGCACCACAACGAGAUCUUCAUCAAGACCAUCGACCUCCAGGGCUUCCCAAAUGGCUCUGUUAGUGUUCCUUGCAAUUCUUGGGUUCAUGCCAAGUUGGACAAUCCACAGAAGAGAAUCUUUUUCACUAACAAGUCUUACAUACCAUCAGAGACACCAAGUGGGUUGAAGAGGCUAAGAGAACUAGAGCUGGAAAAUUUGCGAGGAAAUGGAGAGGGUGAAAGAAAAACAUCCGAUAGGAUUUACGAUUAUGACACAUACAAUGAUCUUGGAGAUCCUGAUAGCAAAGAGGAACUGGCUAGGCCUGUCCUUGGCAGCAAAGAACAUCCAUAUCCCAGGCGCUGCAGAACAGGACGGCCACGCACCAAAAAAGACCCCUUAUCAGAAACAAGAAGCAGCAGUGUGUAUGUACCAAGAGAUGAAGCGUUUUCAGAGAUCAAAGAACUCACAUUUGCAGGAAAGACCCUGAAAUCUGUGCUGCACGCGUUGCUCCCUUCGCUUGAGACAGCGCUUAUUAAUCCAGAAUUAGGAUUUCCAUACUUCACAGCCAUUGAUUCACUGUUCAAUGAAGGAGUCACAUUGCCUAAGCCAAAAACUAGUGGGUUUUUUCAGACAAUCAUCCCAAGGCUCGUCAAGACCAUUACUGAUGGGGGAGACGAUCUUUUGCUCUUCGAGACCCCCGAAAUAAUUGACCGUGAUAAGUUUGCUUGGUUUAGAGAUGAAGAAUUUUCUCGGCAAACUCUAGCUGGUCUUAAUCCAUACAGUAUAGAACUUGUCACGGAGUGGCCAUUGAAGAGUAAACUUGACCCUGAGAUUUACGGCCCACCUGAAUCAUUGAUUACAACAGAACUGGUGGAGAAAGAGAUCAGAGGUUGUAUGACUGUCAAUGAGGCUUUACAAAGAAAGAAGAUGUUUAUUUUGGAUUACCAUGAUCUUUACAUGCCUUAUGUGAACAAAGUAAGAGAGAUUGAAGGAACCACACUGUAUGGUUCUCGGACACUACUCUUCCUCACCGAGGAUGGGACGCUGAGGCCUGUUGCCAUUGAACUCACUCGACCACCGGUUGGUGACAAGCCACAAUGGAAGCAAGUGUUCACCCCAACCUGGGAUGCCACCGGUUGCUGGCUGUGGAGGCUCGCUAAAGCCCAUGUUUGUGCUCAUGAUGCUGGCUAUCAUCAGCUUGUCAUCCACUGGCUGAGGACUCAUUGUGCUACAGAGCCAUACAUAAUUGCAGCUAAUCGACAAUUAAGUGCAAUGCAUCCUAUCUAUAGACUUCUGCAUCCUCAUUUUCGGUAUACAAUGGAAAUCAAUGCUCUUGCUAGAGAAAGCCUCAUCAAUGCAGGUGGAAUCAUCGAGGGCUGCUUCUCACCUGAAAAGUACUCCAUUGAGCUCAGUUCUGCUGCUUAUGACCAGCUCUGGCGCUUUGACAUGGAAGCUUUGCCAGCUGAUCUCAUCAGAAGGGGAAUGGCAGUUGAGGAUCCUACAGCUGAGCAUGGUUUGAAGCUAACAAUUGAAGACUACCCAUUUGCAAAUGACGGUCUCAUUCUUUGGGAUGCCAUUAAGGAGUGGGUGGGUGACUAUGUAAACCACUACUAUCCAGACCCAACUCUUGUUGAGUCUGAUACGGAGCUUCAAGGUUGGUGGACAGAAGUUAGGACAAAAGGACAUGCAGACAAGAAAGAUGAGCCAUGGUGGCCUGUUUUGAAAACCCCAGAAAAUCUAAUUCACAUUUUGACAACCAUUAUUUGGGUAACAGCUGGGCAUCAUGCAGCUGUGAACUUUGGACAGUACAUGUAUGCUGGAUACUUCCCAAACAAGCCUACAAUCGCACGUACCAAUAUGCCAACUGAAGAUCCGUCUGAGGAGUUUUUCGAGAACUUUUUGAAGAAACCCGAAAUGGCACUGCUGAUGUGCUUCCCCUCACAGAUUCAAGCAACAAAAGUGAUGGCUGUCUUGGAUGUGUUAUCUAAUCAUUCACCGGAUGAGGAGUAUCUUGGUGAGAAACUGGAGUCAUCCUGGGCUGAAAAUCCUGUGAUAAAUGCUGCAUUCGAGCGGUUCAAUGGAAAUUUGAAGAGGCUGGAAGGAAUUAUUGAUGAGAGGAAUACCAACUUGAAACUGAAAAACAGAGUUGGAGCAGGUGUUGUUCCAUAUGAGCUUUUGAAGCCAUUCUCAGCACCUGGGGUCACAGGAAUGGGAGUUCCUAACAGCAUCUCCAUCUAAAUUUGGUGAUCAUGUCCUAAAAACUGUAAAAUGUUAAUGGGACUAGACUAUUUAUUAUAUGAAUCCUAGUAGUUAGGUACGCUCAAUCAAAAGAAAAAUAUGAAAAGAGUGCUCCACGACUAAUUUAUUCUUUGGUUAUUGGGUGGGCUUAUAAAUUGAAUUGGAGGUAUUCCAUGCACACUCCUUUCUGA